AUGGAAAACAGAAGAGGUAAAGGAAACGUCUCGUUAGAAAUUGAAAAUCUGGAACUGAAAGCGGCCGUAGAGGGGAAGGAGAGCAUUAUUCGCCAGCUGCAAGACGAAGUGAAAGUUGUACGGGAAUCAAAAGAGACACGAAUGGUAACCACUGAGCGAGUUUAUCGUGAAAAUGAGGUUCAAGAGCUCCAGAGCGCGGUACAGAAUAAAGAGAUUGCUGUUAAACAACUUCGAGAAGAACUGACGCACGCUCAUCAUAACACUGAACAGGUGUACCAGCAGUACGCACGCGCGAGAGGAGAACUAGAGGCGAAGGACGCCACGAUCAGCAGGUUGCAUCAAGAAAAUGACAGAUUACAAGAAACACUGGAGACAACCCAAAAUGAACGACUGCAAACGCUGGAUAAACUCAGCGGCGUGCAAGUGGAACUCUCUGCACUGCGCGUGGAUAAGAAUUGGUUAGAAAGUCAGUUAAAGUUUCAGAAAGAAACUUCAUCGUCGAAAACUUCGCGGAGUUUUGGUAGCGAAACGACAACUAUCGAGGGUAGGGAAGAAUUAGUGCUAACUAUGGAGAGUGUCGCGAAAGAUAAACAGACUUUACAAGAGUUGAUCAAUACUGCUUCGCAUUAUGAGGAAAUUAUACGCAGUCUGGAAAGUGGCAGAAGAACUGAGGGGGUUAGCUCGCGUGAAUCGUAUCGAUUUGCUUCUUCUACAUCUUCAAGCCCACGACGAGGCGAACUUUCGAACAUUGAUGAGAGUUAUGUGUUGGAGCUCGGUAGUAAAAUGUCGGAAGUUGAAGAACGGUUACAAAAAGCCGUCGUAUCGCAAAAGUACCAGCUGCAGGCCGAGAGAGAGCAAUUAAUUCAAGAAUUUAAGAAUAUGCAAACCCAGCUUUUACAACAUCAAAGACACCAUGAAAUGCAAAAGAAUGAAAUUUCAUCAAAAGAGACGCUUAUACAAAGACUUAAAGCUGCAAAAGCCACUUUAGAGACCGAGGUGGAAACACUCAAAAGCGAGCUGGCAGCCUGCCGAGCAGAGAGUGACAAAUAUUUACAAGAACAGAGAAAAUUUCAACAUGAUUUGACAUCUUCCAGAAGUAAAAUCUCCAAACUUGAAGCCGAGUUAGAGAACGAGAGACGGCAAAGAGAUAUGGAAAAGCGAAGAUCUCAAGAAAUUAGCUCACACAGUCACACAGAGAAAGAAGAGUUAUCCAAACUAAAAAUUCAGUUUCGAGAGCAGUACCUGCUAAAUGAGAACCACAUGAGAGAGAUCGCUGCCAAAGAUAAUCUUGUCCAGCAGCUGCGGGAGAAACUGGAGACAAGCGCGGUUGAGGUGGAAAAAUUGAAGUCAACGCGUACUGCUAUUCAAGUUUCACAAACGGAAGUUGGACGAGACCGGGAAAUUUUACAAGAGAAACUUCUCGCCUCGGAACGAAGGUUUGCUGAGUUGGAGAUUUCCUACGAAGAUUGCCGACAGAAGAACGAGAGAUUACAUCGUGAAAUGCAGGAAUACAAACAAAAGCACUUCAGAGUCGAAGCUUUGGAUGAUUCACUUGAACAAAAAAAAUUAGACCUUGAAAAUGAACUUGUAAUUGUUCGGAAGAAGUUGUCAAAGCUUGAAAGUGCGUAUGAAAGUUGUCAAAAGGAGAAGCUACAGCUUCAGCAAGAGUUAAUACCUGCAAAUACUAAAAUGGCACAGCUUAAAAACGCUUAUGAGAGCUGUCAACAACAGAAGGUCCAACUACAACAGGAAGUCCUCUCCUCGCACAAGCGGCUGGGCGAGUUUGAAGCUAAAACGGAGCGAUACAAACAAGAAAAGGCAGAAAUUCAGCGCGAUAUGAAAGCUUUAGAAAACCGAUUUAACAGAGUUGAGCAGCAACUUCAACGAACUCAGAGCGAAAAGCAAAGCCUGGUGGAGAAAUUAGAGGAGGCCAAAAGACGGCUGGUGAAUGUUUCGGAUGAUGGAAAGCAGAGAGAUAACCAAUGGUAUGACCAACAGAAGAAGUGUGAUGAUCUCAGUACAGAAGUGCAGAACAGAGACAAAACGGUGCACCAGCUUAGAGACGAAAAGGAACUACUGGAAGCUGAAAUUCAGAGAUUCAAGCAAGAUUUUGAGACGUUGAAUAGGGAGCUCGCAGCCUGUCAGCGGGAAAAAGGGAACUUGCAAAAUGAUUUGGUGAUCGAGAGACAGCGAAAUGCCGAGUUCGAAAAAGAUUGCGAACGUCUAAAACAAGAACGAGAAAAUCUUCAACGCGAGUUGAAUUCUAUGAAGGACAACAACGCACAGUGGAAAGAUAUGUGUGAAAAAAUCCAAAACGACAAGGAAAGAUUACAACAGGAAGUGUUGACGGCUCAAAGGAACAUCUCGAGGUACGAGUCGAGCCGUGAUAGCGAGAAACGAACCUCACAACAGGACACCAUGGUAUUGAGGACCAAAAUAAGCGGACUUGAAAGUGAAAUUCAAGAACUGAGAAGGAAUGAAGAAAGCUUGAAAACUAAAACGAUGGAGAUUCAGAGGUGCAAAGUGGAAUUUAGCAAAUUAGAAAGGGAGAUUGAAGAUGGCGCCAGGCGGUUCGAGCGCGUUAACAAAGAGAGUGAAAUGAAGGAGAGUCUUGUGCAGCAGUUGAAAAGGGAAAACAUGGCGCUUAAAAAAGAACUGGACUCAGCGCUUGAUGAAUCUGGAGAUCAUUCCACAAGUUAUGUUCCCGACACAAGAACUUUUGAAGUUGAGUUGGAAUUACUUCAAAAUCAACUCGCAGACACAAAUGCGCACGUGCGAGAACUUGAGGAAGACUGUGAUUCCGGGCGAAAAAAGAACCUGCAGCUCCAAAAGGAGAUAGUUUCCCUCGAAGCGAAGAACUCUGAGUUGGAGAAAGCUUAUGGAAGACUGCAAGAACAAGAAAGAAGGCUACACUAUGAGCUUGAAAGUUGUAGAGGCAGUAUUAGCAAGCUUGAAAAAGAGAUAUUGUUCCAUCAGGACAAUAAGAGCAAAAUAGAGAGUGCUUUUGAGAAUUCAGAAUUGAGAAAAGACGAGUUGUCGAGGGAAAUACUAGAGGUACGAAAGAAGCUCUCAGAGCUUGAAAACCUUUACAAAGCUGCAAAGAACGAAGGUGAAUCAACUAGAGAAACAGAUCGGGCAAAGAUUGCAAAGCUUGAGACCCAAGUAGAAAAUUUAUCCAAGCAAAAACAGCAACUGCAGCAAUUAUUAGAGGAAAGCAGAGAUGCAGCUCGUAGAUACCAAGAUGAACUGCACAAGGCCCAGAUGAGACUGCAAGAGCUUAUGAGAGACUCUGAAGUGUACCACAAGGAUAUUCACUCCAAGGAAACACAAAAUAAAAAGAUUCGAGUAGAAAAGGAAACUAUUGAGAGGGAACUUGAAAGCGUUCAGGUUCAGCUGGUAAACACCACUUCCAGCGUGGAGGCGUUUGAUACGGAGAGAUACGAAAUUAUGCAAGAGAUGCGCUUGGCCAAGGACAAGGUCCAGGAGUGGGAAAAUGCGUACAAGAUGCUGCAACAAGAACACGAGAGUCUAGAAAAGGAACUACGGAAUGCUCAGAAGAUGGUGAAUGAGGUGGAAAACGAGUUCAAUAAAAGCCAAAAAGAUCGACAAAAUGAAAUCCGUACCAAUCACCUGAAGGUCAGCAAGUUUGAGUCACAAGUCCAAGUGGUUCUUAAACAGCGAGACUCUCUGAAGGAACAGCUCGAAGAAGUUCGUGACGAGUUGAAGAAAACCAAAGAUGAGUAUACACAUUUGCAGAAAGAAUUCAUCCAGCAUCAGCAACGAUGUGAUGCGUAUCGAAAGGAGCUCUUAGCAAAGAGUCAUCAAAUCGAUAAAUUAGAAGAUGAGAAAAACAAUUUAAUGAGGAAGAUGGAACAGAUGAGACUUGAACUGGGACAAAACGAAAUGACAGGCCAGGCUGUGAAGCAGAAGAGAGACAUCUUAGAAGACGAUUUGCAGUUAGCUGGAAAUAAGAUAACAGAGCUUGAAUAUAAUAUGACCUCACUGCGAUCAGAGAAGGAUGAGAUUCAGAAAGACCUAUACCGCGUGACCAACAAGUUGACGACUGUGGAGGACUCAUACGCCAGGGCUCAAGAAAAAGUGAAAGAUCUUGAGAUACAGUUGAAUGCUGCUCGUAAGGUCAUAGGCGAUCUAGAAGAGGAGCUAUCUAUCAUAAAGCACAAAGCUUCCCAGCUUGAAACAGAUCACGGGUAUAAAUUUGGUCAAAUCGACGAUUUAGAGGAAAAACUGGAUGCGGCUCACAGGAGUUUGUCUGAGAUCGAGUCCGCGUAUGAAUUUAGCGAGCGCGAGAAAGAAGAUCUUAAACAACAACUUACACAUGCAGAGAGAAAGGUAUCAGAACUCAGGCAGACAAUUCAGAGAAAUGAAGAAGAAAAUGAUGAUUUGGAAAGACAACUGGAUAGUACUCGACAUCGAACAACGAAGCUUGAAGGUCAGUUAAAUCAUGCGCAGAGGCAAAAAACGCAGUACAGAGAACAGUUAGAGGAUGUUAGGGCAAAGCUGUUAAAAUGCAAAGAUGAACUAGUAACAGUACAAAGUCACCUUUACGACUGUCAGCGAAGUUUAGAUGCUUUGCGGAAAGAUGCUUCCGGCAAGGACAAUACCAUAACAGAGCUACGAGGCAAGUGCUUUUCUCUUGAAACGACGCUUGGACAGACGAGUGAAACGCUCGACAAAUAUCAAACAGAGAACGACUUACUUCAACAAAGCAAGCAAGAUCUCCAAGAAGAACUUCUGCAAAAUCAAGAAAAGUUCCAAGAACUUGAAGCCAUGUACAAGCUGUGUGAACAUGAAAAGCAAAGGCUGGAGGAAGAGAUUCACUCGUUUUACAAGAGACUCGCCGAACUUCAAGGAUCUUAUCAAACGUGUGAACACGAAAAAAUGGACGCACAACGUCAAGUGAUGGUUCUGGAGCAGAAAGUGGACAAACUAGAAGCUGCUUUAGAGCAGACACAAAGAGAGAAAGCUUCCUUAGAAUAUCACUCUGGAGAUCUAAAUGUUUCAAACAAGAAGACCGUGGAUGAAUUGGCUGUUGUCAAAAUUCGUUUGGAGGAAAACCAGAAAUCAGUUAGCGAGUAUUCACAUCAAUUGCUCGAGAAGGAAAGGAUUGUUGAGGAAUGCAAAUUGAAGAUAACUUCACUAACAUCUCAAAAUGAAUAUUUGAACUCAGAAUUGACGAAGAAGAAGGAGCAAGUCUGGCAGACAGAAAAUGAUAGACGAAAGCUACAAGAGAAGUGGAGAGAAACAAGCGAUGAAGUUAUCAGGAUGAAGCCAUUGUGGGAGACUGCACAGCGCAAAAAAGAUCAACUUGAAACAGAGUUGCAGUCAAACCGAAAGAAGGUGGCAACGUUGGAAUCUGCCUUAAAGAAAAACGAAGAGAGGGGAAAUCAGACUGAAAAAGAGCUGAAUACAUGCAAAAGUAAACUAUCAGACCUCGAAACAGAGUUAAACUCCAUGCGAAAAAAGGUUUCCGUGAUGGAGUUGCAUUACGAAGAGGCAAGAAAGGAACUGGAAGAAGUGCGAGAAGAGCUAAGAGCGGCACAAGAGAAGAACACGAGGUAUUCUAUCCAGCUUGAUACAGCUCAAGGCGAGGAGUUAGAUCUCCGGCAACAAAUCGCGGCUCUGGAGAAGAACGUCGAGAAAGGUGACGAAGAAAUCUCAAGUCUCCGUCAAAAUAAGGAGGCUUCUGAAGAGGAGCUUUUCACAAUACGUAACAAAAUGACACAAAUGGAAUCGACGAUUCGUGCAUUGGAGUCACAGAAGCAGAACUUUAAAGAGCAACUAACCGAUUCGAGAGACAAGACUGUGGAGCUUAAAGAAGAAAACGUUAAGGUUGCUAGUCAGUUAAGAGAGCAACAAGGCCUGGCGCAGUCCUUGAAAAAGGCUCUUGCAAAGAAAGAGAAGACUGUCGAGGAACUGAACGAAAGGAUUUCUGAGCUUGUAACAGAGCUGGAAACACUCCGCCACGAAGGAAUGACGAUAAAAGUAUCCUGCGAGACUCUUCAAGGGGCACAAGAAGACCUUGGUGUAAGACUGAUGGAGUACGAAAGCAAGGAUGAAACGACUCAGAAUGAAAUAAAGGAGCUUCGUGAUUUACGGGAAGAGCUGGAACGGGAAUUGAAUAUUGCUGUUCAAAAGAACUCAGAACAGGAAAGCCAAUUGAAGAAUUUGCAGCGUGAAAAAGAGAGAAUGAAAUCAAAUCUUGACGAAACUGUCAGGAAGCUUGCCAAACAGUCUGAAGAUGGUUCGAGAGUGCAGAAGGAUUUACAAGAAUAUCAGAUAGUCAUCGAACGGUUAAGAGCUGAAAACAAAGCCAUGGACUCUCAAAUCGAGGAGCUAAGAGCAGUGAAAGUGGCUGUGGAGAGCGAGUUAGCAAACGUUCGCUCGGAAUAUGAAGAAGAUAAAUCAAAGAACGAAACAAACGAGAAGAACAUCCGAGAAGCUGAUGAUGAACUCAAGCGGUGCAAAAAUGAAAUCUCGCGAUUAGAGGACUUGAUAUUUGACAUAGAGAAGGAGAGAAAUACCUUAAAAAAAGACUUGCAGGUCUCUAAUUCUAGAUGUCUAGAAUUCGAAGGCAUGGUUGUGAAGUCUUCUCAGGUCGAAAGCGACCUAAGGCAUGAAUUACAAAGCUCCAAUAAUAAGAUAAUUGCUUUGGAAUCGGAAUGUAAAAUGUCUAAGAAUCUAAGAACUGAAAAUAAUCGUGAGAACGAGCUGCUGGGAAAGAAGUAUCGAGAUCUUGAUGAAGUAUUUAAGAAAAGCGAUCGAGAAAGAAAAGAAUUGAGACAAGAGCUGAUUAUAACGCAAAGCAAAUUGCAAGACCUGGAUUACAAAUACGAGUAUGAGUGCAAUGAACGAAGCUCACUGUUUAAACAGCUGGAAGAAGCAACUGGUCAACUAUCUGCAGCUCUCGACAAAACCCUCAAUCUAGAGCAGAAAGUCGCAGAACAGACGAUUCUUUUAGAUGUGGCCAACCAGGAAGUCGAUGAGAAGGACGAGGUUAUUCGUCAGCUGAAGAGCAGCAAGAUGUUUUUGGAGGGGCAGAGAGAUAACUUAAAGCAAACUGUGGCGUCCGGAAAGGAAGACUCUGAACGUCUACAACAAGAGAUUACUCGUCUCCAACGCGAAAGCCUUCAGCUGCAUAAGAGGGCGGCUGAACUGGAAUCAAAGCUUUCAAAAAUGGUCGCAGAAAAAGAGCGAGCUCGAGAGGACGUCAAUAAAUACAAAGACGAUUUAUUUUCUCUCAAGAGUCGCCUGGAUGAGUCACAAGAGGAGAAAGAAGAUCUUGAACACCAACUUGAGGAGUACAAACAAAGCGCUUUAAAUUACAAAAAUGAAGUUUUGACGUUCCAGCGGCAAGUCACAGAGCUCACUGGUCAACGUGACGUGUUAAAGGAGACAUUGGACGCAAAGGAAGGAUCUAUGGGGCAGUUACGAGAGUCUAAGAGAAUUUAUGAGGAAGAAACUGAACGAUUACAAAAUCUUCUAAAGGAAAAGGAAAAAGAGAACGAUUUGUUGACCACAAAGAGGAAGGAGUUGGAAACUAGUUUGAGCUCUGCGUUGCAACAGCUAGCAGAAGCAGAGAGUACACUUAAGGCGAAUCAAGAAACUGUUAGAAGACUAGAAGGGGAAGCAGAUUCUCUGAGAAAUAAACUGGAGGAUAUGGAAAGAAAGCUGACAGAACUCAGAGAGAGGGAAAAUGAAGUCCAACGAAAUAAUAUUGUUUUAAAAUCACAAAUAUCAAGUUUAGAAUCUGGUUACCAGGCCUGCCAAGGGGAUCGUAGCGACCUGGAGGAAGAAACCCAGUCUCUCCGAGAUGAACUGGAGAAAACAAGAAAAUUACGAGACGAAGAGCUUGAAGAACUCGACAAAUUACGAUCCGAGGCGCAAAUGAGCAGAAAUAAAGUGUAUUCUUUAGAAACGCAGAUACAACGAAUUGAAAGAAUCAAGACUAAUCUGGAACAACAAGUCAAUACAUUGACACCUGGGAGUAAUGACACUAACGGUGAACAGAUCCGUCUCCAAAGAAGAGUCCAAGAACAAGAUAUUCUCCUUGAGUCUCGCAGCAGAGACUGUGCAAGCAAAGAGGAAACCAUUGAAAUGUUUAAGGCGGAAAACACCACCCUGAAAGUGGAUGUCAGGAGUCUGCAGGAGGAAAAUGUUAGUAUCAGGUCAAGUAUAGAAUUGCUUCAACGUAAAAAGGAUGCUUCUGAUAAGGAACUAUUCGAUGCUUUGAAGAAAGGUUCAGAGUAUGAGCUUCGCCUUGCCACGGCACAGGAGGAAAGCGAUGAGUUGAACAGAGAGCUGGUGGAAAAGCAGGAAAAAGUUUCCAGUCUGCAGGAGGAAUUGUAUCGAGCUCUGAAAGAUCUGGCGAGUGUAAGACACGAACUGGAAGAUGUACAAUCUCGCGCAAAAGAAAGUAAAGAUAUAGUCGCUGAUUUACAGCAGCGCCUUGAUGACAAAGAAACAGGUUUUGAGACAAACAAAAACACUUACGAGGAGAAGGACAACAAGAUUGAUUCGUUACAAUUAGAGGUCAGCACACUAGAACAAGAGCUAAAAUCCUUGACAGAAGAAUUGGGUAACGAGAAGGAAAGACACAAGCACACUCAUGAAGAAAUAGCUAAAUCGCAGACGGAAUUAGAAGCAUGUGAAGCACGUGCAGCCAACUUGGAGGACACUGCAACACGUCUUAGAAAGGAAAAAGAUGAUUUGAAGAAGGAGGCUUUGUCGAAUCAAGCUGUCGUUGCUGAUCUCACAGAGAGAUACCAAGCCUUACAGAGGGAACACGAGGGCCAAGAACACAAGGCUAUGUCACUGCAGCAAAAGCUCACCUACUUAGAGGAAAGAUACAGGAACAUAUCUGAAGAUAAAGACAAACUCAAGGAAGAGUACCAUGUGCUCAAACGAGAUACAUCCGAGAUGAAAAUUGCACUGGAUAGCGCUCAGCGAGAAAAAGGCAAACUUGAGGGCGAAUUGACAGUUGUGAAACAACAGAGCAUAGACCUGAAAAGUAGAGUAACUGUAAUUCUUCAAGAAAAAGACAAAUCUUCUGUGGAAAUCUCAUCCAUGAACACUUCACUAACAACAUUGCAGGCGGACUACAGCACGAUUCUUUCUCAAAAGGAAGAAAAGGACAAGGAAAUAGUUGAGCUUCAUAAAAAAUUGUCCAAAAAUGUGUUUGAGCACGGUGAAUAUGAAAAAACAAAGGUUUCUUUACAAGGAGAGGUCCAAGCACUUCAAAGAAAGGUGGACGAGUUGGAACACACUGUAGAGUAUUUAGAACAAAAAGACAAACAGCUUCAAGGAGAGUUCAUUGAUUCUCACAAAAAGAUAACAGCACUCGAUCAAGAACUCAUUGUGGCUAAGAACAAAAUUACCAGAAUGGAGGCCUUUGGUGGUGUGGAGAAGGAGAAGAUGAAAGUCCUUAGCGAUGAUCUUUUCAAUGCGGAGCAGAAAGUAGCAAAACUUGAAACUGCUUUGACGUCAAGUCGAGAGAAGGAGUCACAGCAACAGAACGACCUCAUGGCUGCUUACAAGAAAGCAACUGACUUUGAGGUGGCUUACCAGACAAGUCAGACGGUGAAGAACCAACUACAGCAGGAUAUUAACAUGUACAGGAAUAAAUUAACAACAAGCGAUCGUAAAUUGCAAAGCGAGAUUAAAAACAGAGCACAGCUUGAAAGCCAACUUCAAGACGCAAAAUUCAAGAUUGAAAAUCUGAAGACAGAGGUGGUGAAACAUCAAAGAAAACUAACCCAACAGCAACAGGAAUAUGAAACCACACAAAACGAUACUGAAAACAAAACCAAGGUUAUUGAGAAUCUUCAGUCAUCCAAGAGGAGCCUUGAAAAUGAAGUCCAUGAUCUUCGAAGAGAUCUCACAAGUUUAAAAUUGACUUCUGAAAAACUUAGUCACGAGAACAAAGAAUUGCAGAAUCAAUUGGAGGUCAGUCAAGAGCGCCUGGCAGAUGUGGAGUCUACCGCUGAGUUGAGCACCAUAGAGAACGACAGACUCAGAACAGAGGUACUGCACCUGGAAACGUCGUAUCAGGAAGCGCAGCUGGUAUGCCAGAUGCUACAGAAAGAAAAAGAAGUUAUUAAUUCUCAGCUCCUCGAGGCUGCUGCCCCAGAUUCGGUAGAUUUUGGAUCAACGGAUGACUCCCUGAAGAAGGAAAAGGAGGGUCUAGAAAGUCAGCUCUCCAAAGUUGAAAAAGAUUUAGGAUCAUUGAAAACUACUCAUGAGGACAUGUUGACAGCGAAAACUAAGGCUGAGGAACAACUGAAUGCAGUGAGGAAAGAACUAAAUGACUUACAGUCAAGUUAUCAAACUCUUCGGUUGGAUAAUAACAGAAACGUUCUGGAGCUUGGAAAUGCUAAAAAGCGAUUAAGCGACGUGGAGGCGUCUUGCGAAGAAAUAAAACGAGCUAAGGAGAAGUUGCAAGGGAACUUGACUGACGCAGAAAGGAAGCUGGUUUCCCUUGAAGCAAGUUAUGAAUUGUGCGAAAGCCAGAAAAACGACGCUACCAGAGAGUUGUCAAACAUGGAAAAAAAGCUUGCCCUGUUGGAAUGCUCUUAUAACAGGAUUCAUGACAGGGAGACAGAGUUGGAGCAAGAAAUUCUUGACUCGCACAAGAGGGUUACAGAAUUAGAUUAUGAGCUGCAAGCAAACAAGGGGCUCCUUGAGGAUGCACAAAAUGUUGUGCAAGACAUGGAAGAAAGGAAUGACGUCCUACAAGUAGAAGUCCUUGACUUGCAAGGGAAGAUUAAUGAGUUGGAAGCCACUUGUGAAAUGUGGAAAGAAAAGGCAAAUAGUUGGGAGGAAGAGGCCAAAGAGGCAGAACGUAGAGUUAACAAUGCGGAAGAGGUUUACAAAUUUGGACAACUUGAGAAGACGGAACAAGAGAAAGAGCUGACCAUCUUGAGAGACAGCAUCUCAACCUUGGAGCGUGAAAUUCAAGAAGGAAUCAGGGAGAAAGAGGAAUUACUAUCAGAACUGGAUGAUUUAAGGAACACUAGUUUCACUGAUCAAGACGAUGUGAACAACCUGAAGACAGAAAUAAAGGGGUUACAAGGAAAAAUCUCGGACAGUAGCCGAGAAUUUGACGAACAAGCGAUCGCUUUAGAGGAAUGUAGGAGACAACGGGAAACACUGGAAGAUGAACUUGACAGGCUUAAGAGAGAUUUAUUGGACAAAGAAAGAUCCAACGAGGAUUAUGAGAGAGAAAAUAACGGGAUGCAACAUGAGCUAGAGGUGAUCAAGGAUGAACUAGAAGAAAAGGAGAGGCUACUGAAACUAUGUGAAGAAGAAAAGGAAAAGGUUCGCAAUGAGAUGAUUACAGCACACAAUCUGGUAUGUUCACUGCAAGAUGAUGAUCGAGCGAGUGAAGUUCAGACCCUCGUGCUGCAGCAAGAACUGGAGUUCUUGAGGAAGAAAGUUGCUGAUGCAGAGAAGGAAGCACAAACUUUCAAGACCAAGAAUGACUCAUUGAGGCAAGAUCUUGUUGAUGGGCGCUUUUCGGGCAGCACCGAUCGAGAAUCCGUGCAACAGGAAAUCCGAAGCUUAAGGAAUGAACUCCAAACCAGCACUGAUAAAUACCGUGAGCUCGAAAGGUUUUGUAAAGAAAGCGAAGACGAGAAACUCAGCCUUCAAAGAGAGCUGUUGGAAACACACAAGAAAGCAUCAGAAAUGGUGAUGGCACAUCAACAUUGUCACCAAGAAAAAGAAUCAUUCCAGGAUGAAAUAGCAAAUUUAAAGAGAAGACUACAGGAGCAAGGAGAUGCAAUGGAUGGUACUAAAGACGGAGCGCUUAAUCUUCAAGACGAACUUCUGGAUUUACACCGAAAACUCUCUACCACGGAAAGUAUGUACGAUCGUUCUCAGGACGACAACAAAAGACUUCAGUCAGGUUUGGAGGACGCAGAGAAAAAAAUUAGCACUCUUGAAAAUGAGCUUUUCCUUGUCUCGCGUCAUGAGGUUACACAACUUAGUAAUGCCUCUGUUAGCAUUGAGGAGAAAGCUUUCCUUGAAGAAAAGCUGCAUUCUGUAGAGACCAGGUAUGCAGAGUUAGAAGUGACCUACCAGCGUAUCGUGCAAGAGAAGAAAGAAAUCUCUGAUGAACAACAAGCAAAAAGUGAGGAGUUAUUUCGUAUUCAGAGGCUACUGGAUGAAAAGACCAAAGAAGUGGAUUACUUGCAAGAGCAGCUGAAUGAUCGCAGCAAUAACUCAAUUUUAGAAACGAAUCGUUUACGAGAUGAACUAGAAGAAACUCUCGAGAGGCUACAUAAGAGCGAAUCUGAAUUAUCGGCUAAAACUUUCGAGUAUGACCGGGCAGUCGAUGACCAUCAACGAGUAGUAUUUGAGAAAGAAAGCCUCAACAGCGAUCUCAACGCUCAAAUAAGUUCUCUUAAUUUUGAAGUGUCCACCUUGAAGAGAGAGCUGGUGUAUACCCGGGAAAACAAGGACACCUGGGACGAGGAAAGGAAGAAUUAUAGAGAAGAAGCUUUUAACUUGAGGAAAGAAAAAUCACGCGCCGAUGAAGAACUUCGUCUAAUUAAAGAUGAUUAUGAGAAUAUCAAGGAAAGGUUUUCCGUUAUGAAGACAGAAAAAGGUCAUUGUGAUGAGGAAAAUGGUAGGCUCAAAGAGGAAAUACAAGCGGCAAACCUCGAGAUUGACCACCUUAAACGAGAGAUGUCAAUGAGUAAAUACGAAUAUGACUCAUUUGAAAAUGAAAAGAGCAGCUUUAAGGAAGAAAUUAACACCCUUAAAGUCAGUAGAUCUGAAGUUCAAGAGGAACUUUGGCGGGUGAAACGAGAGCUAGAGAAAUUACAGCGGGAGGCUGGAACUAGAGAACGAGAUCUGGAGGCAUGGGAAAGAGAGAGAUCGACGCUACAAGACGAAAUCAAGACUUUCCAAAGCGAAAAGAUAAGUCUCACUAAAGAGAAUAGAGAACUGACGCGAGAAAUAGAAAGACUGAUGGCUGAUAUAGCAUCCAAAGCUGAAAUAACCGAGGAUGUAGGAAAAGUGAGACGCGAAAGGGAGGAAUUCUUCUACGAAUACACAGUGAUCAAAGAGAAGUACACCAGGAUUGAAGAGGAACGCAGUAUAUUCCUGAUCGAGAAACAAACCUUGGUCCAAGAGAAGCAGAAUCUGGAAUUUGAUCUUAAUGACUGUAAGAACAAGUUGCAAAGGUUUGAAGAGUCUAAUAGUUACUUAGAAGAGGAAAAACGUCGUUUGGAGUACGAAUUGAAAACGGCUCAGGAUCGGCUUUUGAUCGUCGAAAGGGAGUUCGAUUCCAGAGCAAUGGAAAAACAGAAAAUCUCUGAGGAAGUCAGCGGCAUGCGUUUUGAAAUAAGAAAAAUGGAAAUUGAGCUGCAAAAUGCUCAGAGGAAACUGGACGAGGCGAACGAUGACAUCAUCGCCAAACAGGGUCGACUUGAGAGACUGGAGGGAGAACUUGGAGAUCAAAGACGAGAGUGCAAGUUACUUGAGCUGGACCGAGAGCGCAAGGCCAAUGAGGUUAAAAACCUGCAAGACCGGAUUGACGAGCUCGAGCGCGAGAUUCAGAGCUUGCAAGAUGACUUGAUUCUAAGCCACAGAGCAUAUGAGCAGUGUAAGAGACAACUGGAAGACUUUGAAUUGUCUGAUGACCAAACAGAAACAUCCACGCUUCGUGUCGAUGUCACGGAAAGGCCUCAGCAGACAACGACUCUGGACAUUGAUGUGAAACCACAGGUUACAACACUGGACAUCAAUGUGGCACCACAGAGGACAUUUGAAUACAGCUUUACACCACAAACAGAAGAGUCAUACGUAACUCCGCAGACAACAACUGAAUACAGCUCUGCGCCACCGACCUCAAGAACUCAAUUUGACGCCAGACCUCAAAGAACUUCGGAAUACAGUUUUACUCCACAGACCACUAUUACAGAACUCGAAAUAACGACACAAACAACUACACUCGACAUCGACGUCCAAGAACGUCACGAAACGACUGAACUGGAAAUUGAUAUUGAACAAGAAACGAAAAAUGAACCAAAUGCAUCAUGGUCCACCGGACGUGCCUCAUCUUUUCAGGUGUAUAGGGACCGGAAGUAUGGACCUGUGGAAUUUGCUCUCGAGGAAGAGGAGGACGGGGGAUAUGAGAUUGCACAAAUUGAAAGCAGGAGAGAGCCAAGAAGAAGAUGGAAGUAUUAAGAUCCUAGUGAUCUUGGAAGUUUUAGGGUUAUUAUGGAGAUUGGGAUGACUAGGACUGUGACUGCGACAGUUGGGGUGACUUUGACCAUUUUUUGGAGGAUUUUGGAGAAAAUGAAAGGUUUAAGAUUCUGAUGUUCUUAAACGUUUAGAAGUAACAAUAUUCUGAUCACAAUUUGUUGGGAUAACGGUCUCAAGCUUUGAGAUGACUGUGGCCAUCGUUAGAUUCUCUGGCAGAUACUGGACGUUUUAAGAUCUGAUGUUCUUAGACGUCUUGAGUGUUAUCCCACUUUAUUGGGAUAACUGUGACGCAAGCGUUGGGAUGGCUGUGACCAUUUCAAACUUUGCUGUACUUUGCUUUGUUAUGUAAGUGUGAUUUUGUGCCCCAUGAUGCUGUGUACUCUUUGCAUUUAGAUACCUUUUCUCGGAAGCGCGUUUUUAAGAUUUAAUUUUUGUCGCUUAAGAUAUUUUAAACACAAUCAAUGGUCAAUUUACUGAUAUGAAAGCCUACGUGCUUUUCUUAGGAAAAAUUUUCUAAAUCAUACAUUCUUUGUAUUAGGCAAUUGUUAUUUUAUGUUAAUGAUUAAUGAAAAAAGGGUUCUCUUAGGAGUCUUCAUCUGCCAGAACGUACCAUGUGGCAUAUAUAUAUAGCUUUUCUACCGUGUAAAUCUCUAUGGAAAUGAUUUUUGAAAAAGCUAGGUUUUAAGUUGUAACACUUUGUAUUAAGAGUGUCACUGCAUUUAUCUUAGUACUACAGGUGUUGGUAGUAUUGUAACUCGUCAAUCGAGAGAUACACGUUUAAGUUACAUUUUUUUUUCAAAUGAUUCAAAAGCCGUUAUUAAACGUGAGGGGUAUUUAUAGGGAAUUACUCAUAUGACUUCAGGAGAAUGCUUAACGCGCGUUUUAAGUCUUCAUAGAAUUAUAUUUAAAUUCAGUCGAAUUUGGUUUUCUUAUGAGAUUUUGUAUGGCUUCAGGUCAACCAAGAUCGUUUCAAUGAGUAUCUAUUCCUUGAUAAAUAAAGACAUUAAUAGAAUGUGUGGUCUUGUUUUGCCCGUUAAUGAAUCAUCCAGUUUAGCUUGGCACCUCGUGAAUCAUUCGACAGUCGAACCUGUGUCCAGCGGUCACCCACAGGGAACGACGCAAUGACUGCUUACUAAAGGUUGACGCUGACUACAGGUUGAACAGAAUAGGAGUGAAAAAAAAAACGAUAAAAAACGCAUUUUGUUUGCCAUAAUUGACCACUUAAUUUACAAAAAUUCACUCAUAAAUACUACUAACAUUGAUUAUGGGAGAGAAUCGUGGAUUAAAUUUUACUUGAAAGAUUAUUCUUAAUUUUAUUUGAGUACCUGCGCUUUUUAGUGACCAUACAACACAAGUGGCGGACAAUACAAACAGACCGUUAGGACUGAGUAAAGGAUGACUUUGACCCCUAAAUGGAAGUAAAAAUAAAGAGUACUUUAGGGAAAAAAUUUUGGGACUUUGAAAAUGGACCGCUAAAUACAGGGUGACCGGUUAUUACUGUGCUGCUUGAUACAGGUACCAUUGUACGUUUCCUGUAACCCUUUCACUCCCAAGAUGUCAUCAUUAACUCUCCUUACUGUCUGCCGUUCAAUUAUUAUUAUGUUUGUUCGGAGAAUUUGGUAUUGGAUCAACUAAUAAUCCCUAAAUUAAUAUCAUUCUUAAUUUUCAUCACCUUUCUGUCUGACAUUGUAUAGAUUUUGUAGGGAGAAAUUCUGUCUUGGUCAGUUAUAGGAGUUAAAGGAAAACGCUUUUAACGAAUAUUUCGGUAACGUGAGUGGGAAAGCGCAUACCGUAAAAAAAUCAAGACCACGAACGUUGAAAACAUCAUCAGUUGGAAGUUGAUAAAAGUCAAAUUAACGAAGGUUGCCAACCGCGACAAACGCUAGCGCACAAAACUUAACCUCAUUUGCCUCACUACAAUUUUCAAAAUACAUUUUAACCAAGCAAAAACUUUAAAGAAAUGAAUCUAAAUUUUCAAUUUCUUUUACUGAAUUUUACGGUCAAAGUUUUCAAAAAUUUUCGUUUCAAUGAUUUUGAAUUAUGUAAAUUUUCGUUUUCUGAGCGAAAAAGUUUUUUUCAUUAAGGUCUGAAAAAUCCGAUGAGAUACAUUAACGCUCUAAAUUUGCCAACGGAGGCAAAUUCAAUUGCCGUACUCUUGUUAAAUAUCCUCGUCCAAUGUUACUUCCAGAAAUCAAAUAAAGAUAAAAUUCAAUAACAAUUAUCGUAUACGUGCAUAAAUCUUAAACAGACGCUGUUGUGUUUUGAAAAAUAUUGCUCCAGUUUUGAGCUUUCUUUCCUGUGCAUUGUAAAUGGAUAUAUUUGCGAGCUGUUUAUUCAAGCUCGACUUAAAUUGUUGAAUCAAUAUAACAGGUAUGAAUGUUUGCAGCAGCAAUAUCAGAUUAUAUUCUGCGCCAAAAUUUGAACAAAUCAAUGAAAAUGAUUGAUUUGGCCAGUAUUCAAAUGUCAGAAAUUUUAGACUCUAAGUUAAGUUCGUUUUUUUCACAAAAUUAAAUGACAGGUCGUACAAUGCAUCAGCCAAUCAGGUGCCAGUUAAAAAAAAACUGGUCUCCAUAGUUUCAGAAAAUGACACGUACACCUGUCGUAAACUUCACAACUGACGAAUCACAAAGAAAAAGAAGGAAACGGGAAAUAACAACAAAUGGCUUUUUUGCAUAAUAGAUAUCAGCCGCUUUAUUCCUGAUUAAAUGGCCUCUUACAAAAUUUCACGAAUAGAGAACUCAUGACAUUGUGGUUUCACCGAGAGCCGAGAAAUUUGAAGACAACUUCAGGUGCUAAACGUCCAAAAUCUAUCGUCAGGGAUGUAUCGAUGGGAAUUUUGACUUUGCGGUGAAUAACAGUCAGUAUAUUUCUUCGGGUAAUAAUUUCAGUUUCAGACUUUGCGGUGUGCAUUUUCAUCACGCAUAAAAAUAAGUUACGUUCGUUAGCGAACCUGGAGAGUGUUGCAAAGAAGGAGUCCUAUCUAUAACGUGAAGAGGCAGAAAGUCAAUACAAAAGCGUCUUUAUCUCAUGAGGAUCCUCCAGUAAUGUACAUGGUUUAUUUUAGCGUCUUCAAAAGUCGUCGCGGCAUGCUUGCCGCGACUUAAAAGCGACUAUUAACGCUGGAUUAUUUUCGACUGAUUGAAUACAUGGCAAAUUACGCACAGGAAAAAGAACAGAUUCACGAACAGCUCGAACUAGCAAAGGAAACCCUGAACAAAUUAAGGGCGCUUACGGAUCCGAAAAGCGACUCGGAGAAUUUCCAUGGUAUAUCGAACGGUGAAUCAUCCACAAUGAACGGAGAAAGUGAAUGGGAUGGUUACCGAGAGCUCAGGCAAGACAGCGACGAGGGAGCAAGUUCUGGAGUAGGAAUGGAAUCGCCAAAUUUGGAUCUUAGCCCGCACGAAAGUACAGAUUUUAUAGAAGGUGAUAAAUCACGAGUGGCGCGUGAUAGUCUGGUGAGGGUGCUGGGUCUUCAAGUAUCGAAAUUAGAGGACGAUCUAAAAAUGUCACUGUUGUCCUAUUUUGAACAAAUGGAAGCCCAGAAAGAAGAUUUAAUCUCUAGCUUUGAAAUUAUGCACGCGCAGCUUUUAAGGCAUCAAGAAUCUUGCCAGCAACACCGUGAAGAAGAAGCGGAGAAGGAUGCUUUAAUCGAGCGGCUGAAAGCUGCUAAACAAACACUUGAAACGGAUGUGGAGACAUUAAAACGAGAGAAUAUGCUACUAAAAGCGACGGGUAAUUCUCGCCCACGUGAAAAUGGACUCCGUGGUUAUCGAAUAAAACCUGGUUACGUUGAGCAUGACGACCUAAGCGAAACGCUCAUGAAAGAAAAUUCUCGUUUAAGGGAAAUGCUUCGUAAAUACGAAUCAAAUGAUUAUGCUAGACUUGAAAGAAAAGUCGCUCUUCAGGAAAAGCUUUGCGAGUCUUAUAACAAAGACAUGAGCUCUAAAGAUAAAAAGCUUAAUCGCUUGGAAGCUGAAAACAAAGGUUUACAUGAAGAUAUGAAAACACUUCAAGACGAAAUUUUGAGGGUGAAUGCAACACGUUUGAAUUCAGAGCGAGAUAAUACAAAAUUACAGCAAGAAUUGCAGUUUAGCGAGGAGCAAAUAAACACUUUGAGAGAAAAGCUUAGUAGCUCGGAGCAAGAGCGUUUGUAUUUACAGCGUUGCAUAAGCGACGCAAAUUCCAAAGCAAACUUGCCUGAACUGGAGAAAGGCAUUUUGGUGCUACGAGAAAAGUGCGAAAGUUACAGAGAUAAGUUGAACGACAAAGAACGUUUCCUUGAAUCUGUGUGCAAGGAGAAACAAGGAUUCAUAAAAGCGAUCGAAGAGCUGAAAAGAGAACUGGCCGCUGUUCGAGGCGAAGAGAGGUCGCUGAAGAUAGAAAACGAAAGACUACAGAAAGAAAACGCAGAUCGGGAGAUUGAUCGUUUGAGCUCAGAAACGACGACUGAAGCACAAGGAAGCGCAAUUUCUAAAAUGAAGUUGCAUCUACACGAAUUGCAAGGAAAGGUUGAUGAAUUGGAGCGGCAAAAGAGACAACACGAUGACAAAGAAGCGCAGUUAAGUCAGGAUGUUCUCGCGAACUUGGAAAAAUACACCCAAGUUGAGCAACAGUUGUAUCUCGCUAAGAAAGAACUCGCACAAGUACGCGGAUUUUACGAGUCCAGUGAGGAAAAGAAGAGAGAUCUAGUAGCAGAAGCUGAGAGGUCUAAAGAAAAAAUUUCGAUUUUAGAGAGAAGGAUACAAUCCAAGAAAGUGAAUGAAGAAGACGAGCAACGAGUUAGUGAUAUUGAGAAGGACGUCCAAGAACUGAACUCGGAAAAUCAAAGAUUGAAGGAAGAUUACGAAACAAGCAAAACAGAAAUCGAAGAGUUGGAAGAAGCAUUGCAAAGCGCACGGGAACAAAACUCUUUGCAAAGAAUGAGAUUAGAUGCUCAUGAAACUCUCAUGAAGAGGAAAGAUGAAAGAAUUAAAGAACUACAGAAUGAACUGUUGGAGCUUCACAACCAAAUGGAUGCAUUAACCGAUGAAAUUCUCGGGAAAAAUCGUCAGAUGGAAGGUCUACGAAUGGCGAAGAUGUUGCUGGACCAAGAAUUGGACCUACUAAAAUCUGGAAAAUUACCGAUGCGGUCAACCCAAAAAGAAGGUGCAGCUAAAGAUUCCUGGCCAUUUAACCCCACAGCGGGUCCGGCGAGUCCAGAUAGCGGGUUCUCAGACCUGGAGAGAGAAAAAGCUAUUGACAAACUAAGAAGAGAAAUUCUCAUCCAAAAUAAAUUUCAUCCUCAACAACCCGUUUUGUUCGAGGAAAAUGUGGCAACAAACGAGGACAGUACAACGAAAGCUGCACUUGCACUGGAAGCUCGCAGGCUUAAAGAAACUGAGAAGCGACUGGCGGACGUCAUUGCUGAGAACGAAGAGCUUAAAGAUCGUGAAGAGGAAGCAAGGAGCUUACAACUUCAAAUCGACUCGAAGCUUCGUAAGAUGAUGGAAGAGAACAAGGAGUUGAGAGAAAAGGAGAUGUUACUCGCGCAAGCAUUGAAGGAAAACCACAACAUUAAAUCACCGGUGGAAAAUCGCGUGCAGCAAAAUAACCCGCAGCAGGAGAAACUUGAAGAUAUUUUGCUUUUUGUCGACGAGCCGAUAGAGACAGCCAUUUUACAACCUGUUGUGGAGGCAGGUUUAGAGAAUGAUGUGGAAUGUUUAGAAAGUGAACCUGAUGGAACACUCAUAAAUUUUGCCGAUGAACAAGAUGGUCCGUCUAUGAAACCUGUGAUCGAAGGUGUUGAUGAAAUUCAAACCAAUGAGAGGGAGCUGGAAGGUAAAGUUCGAGAUUAUGAAAUAAGUCUGGCCAAGAUGGCAGAAGAUAAGGAACAAUUAUUGUCAGAAUUAUCAAAAACUCAAGAAGACCUAAAAAUUAUGGAGAAGAAUUGUAUCUCUGUUCAGGAAAACAAAGACAAUUUUCAAAAGAUAAUGCAAGAGGAACUAUUUGCAAAAGAUGAAGAGGUUGCCAAGUUACAAAAAGAGCUGUCCGCGUUAUGCAAUGAACGAGAGGAUCUAAAAUCCUUUGUAAAUAGCUCCAAGGAAACAGGUUCUCACGUUGAAGAAGAGUUGUUAAGGGCCCAGAAAAUUAUUCUGGAUUUUGAAAGAAAUCAAGGACUUUCACGCGAGAGAGAACAAUCUCUGCAAGAACUACUUCAUAAAUCAGAAGAUAGCAAUGCAAAUUUGCAGGUACAACUAAGUGAAGCCCAGAAACAAUGCCGAAAUGCAGACCAAGAUGCUCAAAAUUUGCAGCAGCAGAUUCUUCACUUGCAACGAGGUUCUGUAGAAUUGGAACAAGAGGUUAAUGAUUUGCAAAAAAUGCUCUCUGAGGUAACAGGGAAGGAGAGGGCUGUAUCUGAACAGCUUGAGAAGUGCUCCGAUGCCCAGGAGAAGCUGCAAAGAGCACAAGAAGUUAUAAUGGAGCUGGAGAGACAACAGGAAAUUUCACGCAACACAGAAGAAACCCUAAAAGCAAAUUUAAACCAAUCUGAAGAGAGCUAUGCCAAUUUGCAAGUUCAGGUGGGCGAGAAGGGCCGUGAGUAUCAGAGUAUGGAACAAGAGGCGACAUCGUUAUUACAAGAAAUCGCUCUUCUUCAGGAGGGUUCCGCAGAAUUAGAGAGGGAAGUGAACGAGUUACGAGAAAAGAUGGCUGAAGGAGAAGAGAAUGAACAAAAAGCUUCUGAGAGUUUGAGAAAUUUGCAAAUAGAAAACGAACACUUGCAAGAACAACUGGUGAAGGCGAAAAACAGUUUAGAAACUUCACUACUGGAAAAUAGAGAUGAGAUUUUAGCGCUGAAAGAAGAUAUCAGAGAGAAGGAAAAUCAGAUAGAGCAACUUCAAGACGAAUUAAAUCUCUCUGAACAACGAUAUAGUGAAAUUAAGUCGUUAUCGAGCAACAAUCAAACCGAGAUCUCUGAUCUUCAUGCAGAACUCAUUGAAACCAAAGAGCAAUUUUACACGGUUUCACAAGAAAAAGGAAGACUUAUCCACAAUUUGAAAGAUGUGGAGCACACCAUUGCAGAACAAGAUGAAAAGAUCCAAGCUUUGGAGUUGGAGAGGAAAGAAAAUAAGAAGAUUAUAUCUGAGAAAGAGAACAAAGUGGAAGAUCUUGUCGAUAAGCUUGAAGAUUACGAAAGUGAAAAUAGUAAGUUGGGAGCAGAAAACGAACGUCUGAGAGCAAAAUUGGAAGAAGCAGCGGAAACGCAAAGUGAAAUGGAACGAUUACUGGCUGAAUCUAAAUUAGAAACGAAAGAAUUUGAGCAGCAGCUAUCAGCAGCUCAUGAAAGUAUAACAGAUUUAGAAACAGCUUUCGAGAGAGGCGAAGACAAAAAUGCCCAAAUUGGGGAAAACUUGCGCGAGGCCAAAGAAAGAAUUGCAAAACUUGAAAUGCAGCUGGAUGAGUCACAAAGAGAGAGUAGGGAAUUCGAAAGAGAUUACAAUGAUGCAGAGAAGGACCUUGAAAAAGCACACGCGUCUUUGGAUUCAAGCAAAGAAAAGAUUGCAGCUUUGGAGAAAAAAUUGAGAGCAGCAGAGGAGAGUAUUGCAGAACUUGAAAUGGCUAGAGAUAAUGGACUAUCAAACGAACAGUUCCUUCAACAAAAGUUUGCAAAUGCAAAGGAGAAAAUUGACAAAACCGAAGCAGAAAACAAUGACUUGAAGGAGAGACUGACAAAGAUGGAGAGGAAGUUCAAUGAUUCACUUUCCAAACAACAAACACUUGCAGACAAGAAAGAAGAACUGGAGAAGACAACCAAUGAAAUUCGCCACGAGCUUGAGUAUGAAAGAGAGAAACGUUUAACUUUGAAGCAGAAACUCGAAACCAGAGAUAGAGAUAAUGAAGUUAUUCAAAGAAAAGUGAACUUGUUGGAGAAGAGUAAAGCCGAGAAUGAGGACAUUCAACACAGAGACAUGGAAGAAAAAAACAAGUUGCGGGAAGAAUUAUCGAGGACGAAAAAGAUGUUAUCCGAAUUGGAAGCAACAAGAGAAAAUCAAGAAGAAAACAUCAACGAAAUGGAAGAUUCGUUAAGAGAAAUGCGAGGGAAAACUGCCUCUCUUGAGCAGAGGCUGGAAGAUGCUACACGAGAUAAUGCAGACCUACAUGAGGAACUUGAAGAACUUAACCGAAAGUUAAAAUACUCGAAGGAAGAAAACUUAGAAUUGGAGAAACGCUGGCAGAAACAGAAAGAAAUCAGUGACGAAUUCAGGAAUAAUUUAGCAGAACGCGAAGAGAGCGCUUUGAACUCAAACUACAACCGUGAUGCAGCCGAACGAGCUCUGCAGUCUGUGAAGAAGGAUCUCGCGCGCAAAGAAGCCAAGUUGAAAAUGCAGAAAGAACACAUUGAUGACUUGGAAAAUGAGUCUGAAAAAGUCAACAAGAAACUCAGGGAAACCGAGUUGUCCUACAAGAAAGUAAAUAUCGAGAAUGAAAGGCUUGCAAAAGAAUUAGCCGACACAAAAGCCAAGCUAGCGAAGUUGGAGGCGAUGUAUAAAGAGAAAGCAAACCUUCCGACGGAUUCCGAAGUUGCGGUCGCGAGAGUGUCGGAGUUGCAGUCUAAUCCGGAGAGAGCAGAUAAAUUGAUUCGAGACUGGUCCGACAAGUUAAGCACCGCUCAAAUCAAAGUAACCGACUUGGAAAACGAACUCCUAAAAGAUAUAAAGAAACACGAAGUAAGAGUGCAAAGGACAUCAAUGGGAGGCAAGGAUUGGAGGAGAAAAAGCGCUGAUAAUCUGUCAGAGUACGGAAGGCCGAGCAGAGCACGACAGCGGCCGAACAGGAGCCGAGACAGCUCCGUCGAUUCACUUCGAUCAACUCAGUCCAUGUUCGACUUUUUCGACGAAAGUAGUGUACUUAAUGAAGACAGGGCACCCAGUAAUUUAUCUAGGGAGGAUAUGCCUGUGGAAUCAGAUAAUGAGAGCACGAUUGGUAUCCCUGUUGUGAAUGUAAUUCCAUGCGAUAGUGUUACUGCUGAUAAGGUAAAAACAAACACUCCCAAACAAGAACGUUCACAGAAAUUGGACGAUGAUAGCAGGGAAGUCUCUGGUGUCCAAUUUAAUAAACCAGUCAGAGUAGAUACUCCUGAUACCCCAGCUGCCGAGGACAAUAUUGAUAUUAUAGAGCCACAUAUUGAUUUCACGUCACCAGUUCUCGAAAAUUCGCCAGGAAAGCAAACAGCUUCACCAGAGAUGAUAGAAGAUCUGUUCGAUAUUACCCAAGAUUUACCAGAUUUCCACACCGAUUACAGCCACGCUGACAUGACUGAAUCGCCGAGUGAAAAACAAACUGCAGAAGACUUCGCAGACGAUCUGAUUGACGGAAAUACCUCCUACAUUGAUUACCAACGAUCAGCGGUCACUGAAUCUCCACCAAGUCGAGCAACUUUGACGCAUACGGCAGAUGAUGGUCUUGAUUUAGGAGUAGAUGAUGCUGUUACCUCGCAGAUCGACUAUGAACCGUCACAGGAAUACCAACAACCGCUGUUGAUUAAACCACCUUCAGAUGAUCUGUUUCAGUUUGAGUCCCAGGCCUCUUACACCUCCACCCUGACAAACGUCACUGACCUGACUUUGCAAUCACCAUCUCCCCCUGUAUUUCCUGAGCAAACUCUGCUGGUCUCGUUUGAUCCGUUAGAUCUCCCACAACCUCAGUCUCAAGACAAGAACGAUGAAGAAAUCCUCGAUCCCUUUGAGGAACUAAUGAGAAUGAGAGAAAACCAACAGAAUGUCGACGGCAAAGCAACUGGCAUUAAUGACAAUGGUGAUGUCUUUUUUGACGUCACAGAUGACUUACAAAGCGACGAGGCUGAUGUCACGACGAACGAUGACGUAGAUAGUGUUGAUGUUGACAUCACUCACGUUAAACCAAACAACAACUCCUACACUAAUCACAAGACGAUCGGUGACGUCAUUAACUCGCCGAAAGAAUCCGCUCCAGGCCCUUUCAACACUAAAGCUACAAAGGUUGACGGAGGGCAACCAAGCAACUUGCCAAUUGGAAUUGGCGAUAUAAAUCAUGUGACAAGAGCUAAGGGUAAUGUCGUCAACUCUCAAGAAAUAGCUGAACCGGGACCAGUCCCUCAACCAAGGAAAAUUAAAGACAAAUUAAAACCUGCACUGUUUCCUCGAGGGAGCAAGAAACAGAAGAAAGAGAUAACGGAGGCUCCGCAGUACAGUGUUAUGAUUAUGGUAGACGAUGUAAUUGUGCCAGCGCCUUCAGACAAAAAUUCAAGCUCUACUCGCGAGGAAAAGACGAAGAAGAAGCGAAAGGCUAUGACUGCCAACAUCGAGCAAGGUGACGAGAUUUUUAAAUCACCGAGUGAAAUAAGGAGAGAGCUGGAAGAAGCCAGUAAAGGUGGCCAAUUAAAACAAACUACAUCCAAACAAAAUGAACUAAAACAGAAGCAGAAAGUUACUGAAAAAAAAUCUAAUCAGUACCAUAUUGAGGAAAAAAAGAAAGAAGUAGUAUUGGAGAAGGGAGAAGCUGAAGAUCAGGAUGAGGCAAUGGGAAAAGGACGGCUCCAGAAAUUAAUAGCAGCUUUUGAUAAGAAAUAG